UUCUACUUUUUAUCUUGCGUGAGAACAAAAAGAAUGGCAGCUAUUUCCUUUGAUCCAAGUAUCAAUGUUCAGGUAAACCAGAAGAGCCAUGGUGUUCUAGUUGAAGAGAUUGAAGGGCUCAUCCGAGUUCACAAAAACGGACACGUCGAGAGACCGCCAACCAUCCCUAUUGUCCCCUGCACAGCCACCAGUGGUGUUACAGCUAAGGACAUCGUCAUCGAUAAAUUCACCGGCUUAUGGACUCGUAUCUAUGUCCCAAACUACUCUAACAAGAUGCCUUUGCUUAUUUACUUCCAUGGUGGCGGAUUCUGUGUUGGAUCAGCUGCUUGGAGCUGCUACCAUGAGUUCUUAUCCGGUCUUGCUUCAAAAGCAGGGUGCAUUAUCUUCUCUGUAAACUACCGAUUAGCUCCUGAAAACAGGCUUCCAGCAGCUUACGACGACGGUAUCGAAACCCUUAUGUGGGUGAAGCAACAAGCUCUAAGUGGAUCUAAUGAACACAAAUGGUGGUUAAGUCAAAGUGAUUUGUCUAGUUUGUUCCUAGCAGGUGAUAGUGCUGGUGCUAAUAUAGCUUACAAUGUGGCCACCAGAUUAGGCUCCCACGGCGGCACAUCAGCCAGCUCCGGAAUGAAGCCAUUGGUUGUCAAGGGCUCGAUCUUGAUUCAACCCUUUUUCGGAGGCGAGUCAAGGACCGCAACCGAAAUGCAUGCCACCCCACAAGUUACCUCGGCACUCACUUUACCCGCAUCAGAUGCAUAUUGGAGACUAUCAUUGCCUUUCGGUUCGAACCGUGACCAUCCAUGGUGCAACCCUUUAGCCAAUGGUACACCCAAGUUAAGGGAACUGAGACUUCCACCCACGAUGAUGUGUGUAUCGGAGAUGGAUAUAUUGAAAGACAGAAACAUGGGGUUCUGCAAUGCAUUGGGCGGUGCCGGUAAAAGGGUUGAAACAAAGAUUUACAAAGGAGUAGGGCAUGCAUUUCAAAUUCUUCAUAAUUCUCCAUCUUCCCACAUUCGAACUCAAGAAAUGAUUUCACAUAUUAAGACUUUCAUCAACCAGUAA